AUGGACUCGCUGAUCCAGAUGGUGGAAGCCCUGGAGUCCAUGGAGCCGGAGCUGGAGCUGCCGGAGCUGGGGCGGUCCCUGGGGGGGUGCAGCACCCCGGGGUGCCGGGCGGUGCUGGGGGAGCCCCCCCCCAUCCCACCGGCCCCCCCGGCCCCUCCCUCUGUUUUGGCCCACCUCCUCCACCCCGAUCCCCUGGCACCCGAGCGGGGGGCGGUGCUGGCCCCCGACGGCUCCACCGUGGCCCUGGGGCCCCUCUUGGCCGGCAUCGAGGUUGGGCUCAAGAAGGCCAAGGGGUGGCCCUUCCUGGCCACGGAGCCACCCCUGGACCCGCUCUACGCCGUCACCAUCAGCGAGGCCUUGGGGAUGUCCUUCCUCCUGGCUCGUGGUGGCCAUGGCCACCGAGCUACCCUGGGACCCGCCGGCUGUUGGGACGACGUGGAGGACCCCCAAAACUACACCCUCCUGGGCCCCCCGUCACCUGUCCCCGACACCCUCGCCAACGGGGCCAUGGAUGGGGUGCUGUUGGGUGCCCAGGUGGCCCAAGAACCCAUCCCGUUGGCCAACCUCCUGCGGGGCUACUACGGGACAGGCAACGGCACGGAGAAGGGGCGACCACCCAGCAGUUACCGGCGACGAGAUUUCGGGGUGCUGACGGGGCCGGGCAAGUUGGAGGAGGAGGUGGUGGCCAUGCUGAAGGUGCUGCGGGAGCUGCCACCCACCCAGGAGCUCCUGGAGGACGUGGAGCCAGAGGAGUUGGUGGCCAUCGCUGGCCAAGCGGCGCGGGACUUCACGGAGGUCUACGUGGAGUGCCCGGCCAUCGUCCCCCGCUGCAUGUGGGGUGCCCGUCCCUACCGGGGCACCCCCAAACCCUUGACCCUCCCCUUGGGUUCCGUCUUCAUCCACCACACCUUCGUGCCCAGCGUCCCGUGCCGCACCUUCGCCGCCUGCGCCCAUGCCAUGCGCUCCAUGCAACGCUUCCACCAGGACACCCGUGGGUGGGAUGACAUCGGCUACAGCUUCGUGGUGGGGUCGGAUGGGUACCUGUACCAAGGCCGUGGUUGGGACUGGGUGGGUGCCCACACCAAAGGCUACAACAGCAGAGGUUACGGCGUGAGCUACGUAGGAGACUUCUCAACCACCUUGCCCGACCCCGACGCCAUCGCCCUGGUGAGGGACAGGUUCCUGGCCUGCGCCGUGCGCACCGGCCGGCUCCAACACAACUACACCCUACGUGGCCACCGGCAGAUGGGUAACACCGACUGCCCGGGCAACUCCCUCUUCCAGGAGAUUGAGACCUGGCACGGUUUUAAGUGAGGACCAUCCCCUUGGGGCCUGGUCUGGAUGGGUGCGGGCGAGGUUGGAUCAUGGUCUGGAUGGAUCCUGGCCCAAUGGGUGAUGGUCUGGGUGGAGCUUGGACCAAUAGAUGUUGGCCCCAAUGGCCACUAGCCUGGGUCGACCCUAGUCCAGGUGGCCACCAGU